AUGAACAAAGCAGAAUAUGACAUGAAGAUGCAGAAAAUUGUAAAUGACAUCUCAACAUAUAGGGUUUUAAAACGUGACCCUACAAAUAAGCUACAAGGGAAAAAUAAUGAAAUAGUGGAGAAGAUGUAUGCUAAUAAAAUCAUUGAUUUAAAGGAAAAGAACUACCUGACCUGCAAAACGGCUAAUCCCCCUCGAAUUUACGGAUUGCCGAAAAUCCAUAAAGAAGGAGUUCCCCUGAGACCUAUAUGUUCGUCCGUCAAUUCGCCGUCUUACAAAUUAUGCAAAUAUAUUGUCCGCGUACUCAAAAAUAUAACAAUGUCCUCCAAGUAUAACGUUAAAGAUGCGAUCGAGUUCAAAAACAAGAUUGGAAAUACCCAUAUUUAUGACGAUGAAAGUUUGGUGUCUUUUGAUGUCGUAUCGUUAUUCCCGAGCAUCCCCGUAGACUUAGCAAUAGAGAUUAUAGAUUCGAAAUGGAGUUUGAUAAAAGAGCAUACGUCAUUAACGAGAGAGCUUUUCUUAACCACAUUAAAGUACUGCACUAAAGAGAACCGCUGCUUCAAAUACAAUGAUAAGAUUUAUGAGCAGAAGUCAGGAAUGCCUAUGGGUUCACCUGCUUCACCUGUCAUAGCGGAUAUAGUUAUGGAAGAACUUUUAAAUGAGUUCGAAAAAGAUUCGGACAGCAAACCACGGCUACUUACCAAAUAUGUUGAUGAGUUAUUUGCGAUUGUAAAAACGGAAGACAUAGACAAGAUGCUCAACACUUUAAACAAUUUUAACAAAACUUUAAAAUUCACAAUAGAAGUAGAAAAUGAAGGACAACUACCAUACUUGGACACCCUAAUAAUCAGAAAAGAAAAUGCAUUAACAGUUGAAUAUUUUAGGUCGCUUAGCCCCUUCGCACUCACCUUGUAA